AUGUAUUCGCCCGAUCAAUGGGAAAUCCUCGCCGAAGUGAAUAGCGUCACCUGCAUUACCAUCGUCUCAUUGAUCUUUGGAAGAAAGAUUGCCAGUAUAGAUGGCCCCAUUCACUAUGUUCGAGGCCUAUUGCUGCUUUUAUACGGUCUCUGCUGGGCGUUCAAUCUGAUUGCUUGUAUGCUCACUAGCACAAACAACGGUAAUUUCAUCUCUUGUGUCUUGACCAAUUUCAACUGCGCAAUUCUGUACACUGCUGCCAAAUUGGUGCUCUACCUGUACUUUAUUGAAAAGAUCCACAUUAUCUCUGUGCCAAAAAGUACUCGAUUUAAAUCACCCUUGUAUUUAAUCAAUCUAGGUCUAAUGCUGCCUCACGUUGCCAUUAUUUUGCUCCAAAUCAUGUUUCGCACCAAUAUCGUGUCAAGUGAAUAUCCUUUCCAUUGCACUGUGGGCUUUGGUCUACCCGCUUCCGCCGCGGCUCUCUGUUAUGAUGUUUUGAUAUCGAUCCUCUACAUUGUCAUCUUCAUCAAGUUUUACUGUUUCCCCAAUACAGCACAACAAACAGCACACCAAUCGUCGUCUUUGCAUAUGAUGGCAAAACGCAAUGCUAUAGCCGCCAUCACUGCAUUAAUUACAUCUAGCACCAACUUUACCAUCUUGAUCUGCUUGAACGGACACGAGAGAGGAUUGGUUGCUUCCAGUGCAUCUGCAUUGAGUCUUACUAUCGUCUGUAUGGUGAUCCAUUGGGUUACCACACAUCCUGCAGAAAUCCAAUUGAAUGAGAGAGCCCUUCAAAGAGUCAAUGGUGACAAGCCUGUCAGACUUGAAAUCAAGCAGCACCAAGAAGUUGUCAUUUUGACAGAACUAAACAAUCGAGUCUAA